AUGCAUGCCAAAUGUUGGGCUGCAGCCGAUUGUGCGUGCGACCGGUUCAGCAGCGGCGAGCCAAUUUCGCGCAAUGGGAAGUGGAUGCAGUACAUGUCAGAUAGAUGCCACUCUGGAGUGAAACUCGCCGUCUUGGUGAGGGAUACCCAGACGGCGAGUGGGCUGCAUGCAACUCAGUCAUGGGCAGACUUCCAGAAGAAAAGAAUUCGUGGAAGCGAGAGGAAUAGCGCCCAAAGUUCCACUCCCGCGAGCCGGUCAGCCAACGCCCUUGCUACCUACGGCAGUUGUGCUGUUUAUGGCAGACUCGCGUUCGUUUUCACGAGUGACGACGCUGGCUUGCUUAGUCGUCGCGAGGGGAAGGGGCGACUGGGCGCCGGGCAGGCAUGCCACGUGGAGAUGGGCGAUAUACAGAACUUGUCAAUAUCCACCGACGACAGCUCAUCAACCCAGCUCGUCCAAGUCAGCGCCCCAGCGAAAGCCGUUGGUUUGGGCCCAACUAGUGCUGCAGUCUCCCUCAUUUCUUUGUCUCGCCGGCAGCCAAGGACGCUUUGGCAUGUCAGUACAGGCCCCUUAUUCUGGAACGAAAUAUAUGAGGCCUGGCGCGCCCUCUCUACCGAACAUCUCAUCACCACACUCUCCAAACACUCUAUCCAUUCCUCUCGCUCUCUAUAUCCACCGGCUGAAGUCGACCGCAACGCUACUCUACUUAAUCACCCGAACAAUACGCCACUACCGCCUCUCCGUAACACCUUUACCGGACACUUCGCAAAACUCGCCUCUCGAUCGUCUAUAAUUGUAAACGCCAUCUUCGGUCACCUGCCAAUUCCGCGUUCCAGCGUUACCCUUUACCCACAUUCCUCAUGA